CCGCCAAUUUUUAGCUGGUCUGCCGAACCACAUCGUCGGAAUUUUGGUCACAACAGCUACAGUUUUUGCUCAGGACGGACGGAUUAAAUAAAUAUAUUCUCUAAGGAAAUGUCAAGCCCCGCUCGUUCGCCCAGUGUUGGAGCUGCGACGCCCAAGCAAGGUGCCCGCACACCCACCAGAGGCAUUGCGUCGCAAGAUGUGGAGACACCCAUGCGUAUGGGUCCUGGGAGGGCUGUCAGGCCCUCGGACAACAUAAGUUUGCCGCCCACCUCGCCGGGAAAUAUCAGCUUGCCAGCUACCAGUCCGGCUCGAGGAUUGGGUGCGAACAUGAGCGAGAUCGAUCUAAGUUCGCCGCUGAACUACGGCACGCCCAGCUCGAUGGGCUCCAUUCGCACGCCUCGUUCCGGAAUUAGAGGCACUCCGCUGCGGGCCCGACCCGAUAUAAGAACGGACAAGCGCAUCCGCCAGGUGGCCAUCGGCGGCGGCUCUGGGCUGGAACCCAUUCCAGAGAAGGGCUCUGAAACCACCGAUCCCGUCUCUGAAUCCUCUCAAGCACCUCAACUGGUCGUCUGGGGCACCAAUGUGGUUGUCAGCCAGUGCAAAUCCAAGUUCAAGUCGUUUAUAAUGCGCUUUAUUGACCCAAGUGCUGAGCAGGAUGAAAUCUCCGAAAAUAUCGAUGUUAACCAGCCGCUGUAUCUUCAGAAGCUGGAAGAGAUUCACACAUUGGAGGAGCCCUAUCUGAAUCUCAACUGUGCCCAUCUCAAGACUUUUGAUCAGGACUUGUACCGCCAGUUGAUCUGCUAUCCGCAGGAGGUUAUUCCUGGUUUUGACAUGGCAAUAAACGAGAUGUUCUUCGAGCGAUACCCAGCUGCUCUUCUGGAACACCAGAUUCAGGUGCGACCCUUCAACGCUGAUAAGACGCGCAAUAUGCGAUCCCUAAAUCCAGAGGAUAUGGACCAGUUGAUCAGCAUUAGUGGCAUGGUUAUUCGCUCGUCAAACGUCAUUCCCGAGAUGCGCGAAGCCUUUUUCAGCUGCAACAUCUGUUCCUUCAGUACAACCGUCGAGGUGGAUCGCGGUCGCAUUAACCAGCCAACGCUCUGCACCAACUGCAACACGAACCACUGCUUCCGUUUAAUCCACAAUCGGUCGGAGUUUACAGAUAAGCAACUUGUUAAACUCCAGGAGUCUCCAGAUGACAUGGCGGCAGGGCAGACUCCUCAUAAUGUGCUUUUGUAUGCUCACAACGAUCUGGUGGACAAGGUGCAGCCGGGUGAUCGCGUUACGGUCACAGGCAUCUACCGGGCCACGCCACUGAAGACUGGAGGCAUCAGUUCGUCGGUUAAAAGCGUUUACAAGACGCACGUGGAUGUGGUUCACUUCCGGAAGGUAGACAACAAGCGACUGUACGAGGAAGAGGAGGGCAAGGAUCACAUCUUCCCGCCAGAGCGCGUUGAGCUACUACAGCUGCUAGCCAAGAAACCGGACAUCUAUGACCGCUUGGCCAGGGCCAUUGCGCCAUCUAUUUACGAGAACGACGACAUUAAGAAAGGCAUCUUGCUGCAGCUUUUUGGUGGCACUAAAAAGAAGCAUGCAACUCUCGGCCGUCAGAACUUCAGAUCGGAAAUUCACCUGCUGUUGUGCGGUGAUCCCGGUACUUCCAAGUCCCAGAUGCUGCAGUACGUCUAUAACCUCGUGCCAAGAUCUCAGUAUACCUCGGGUCGCGGUUCUUCGGCUGUCGGUUUGACUGCCUAUGUGACCAAAGACCCGGAGACUCGUCAGCUGGUCCUGCAAACAGGUGCACUGGUUUUGGCCGAUAAUGGAGUAUGCUGCAUUGACGAGUUUGACAAAAUGAACGACUCGACACGCAGUGUACUGCACGAGGUGAUGGAGCAGCAGACCCUGAGUAUUGCCAAGGCGGGCAUCAUCUGUCAGCUAAACGCGAGGACCUCCAUUCUUGCUGCCGCCAAUCCCGCAGAGUCUCAGUGGAAUAAGCGCAAGAACAUCAUUGAUAAUGUCCAGCUUCCGCACACCCUGCUGUCCCGGUUUGACCUAAUCUUUCUGGUCCUGGAUCCUCAGGAUGAGAUCUUUGACAAGCGACUUGCCAGCCAUUUGGUAUCUUUGUACUACGUGACCCGUCAUGAGGAGGAGGAUACUAUGUUUGACAUGAGCGUCCUGCGCGACUACAUCGCCUAUGCCCGAGAGCAUCUGUCGCCCACGUUGUCGGAUGAAGCGCAACAACGACUUAUUCAGGCCUACGUGGACAUGCGAAAGGUGGGCGCCGGUCGUGGUCAGAUUUCUGCUUACCCGCGCCAGCUGGAGAGCCUAAUCCGACUGUCGGAGGCGCACGCCAAGGUUCGGCUCAGCAACGAGGUAGAAUUGCUGGACGUGGAGGAGGCUUGGCGGCUUCAUCGCGAGGCUCUCAAGCAGUCAGCCACGGAUCCCCUAUCCGGUAAAAUCGACGUUGGCAUUCUCACCACCGGUUUAUCAACAGCCGCCCGUAAAAAGCGCGCCGAUUUGGUGGCAGCCAUCAAGGAAAACCUAAAGAAGAAGGGCAAAGUGCUUACUGUUCCCUAUCAGAAACUGUUCAACGAUAUUAAGGAAGGAUCCCAAAUUAUGAUCACACGCGAGCAGUUUGAAGAUGCUUUGAAGGAGGUGCAAGAUGAGGGCGCUAUUGUUGUCAUGGGAAAAAACACCAUUCGCAUUUGUUAAUUUUAUUGUAUUUAUCUCAUUAAAAACCAACAAAAAAUUCAUUCAUUCCUAUUUUUAAGCGCAUCUUAAAAAAUGUUUUCAAUAAAAAAUGUCAAAAUACUCUUUUUUUUUCACAAUUUUUCAACAGUCUAGCAUAAACAAUUCUAAUCAAAAAUUUGUGAACGAAAUUGUCUUUUAUUUCGUAAGUAUAAUUAUACAUUGCGGUAGGUAUUAAUUUAUAUUCGAAUACAAUUUGUUUACUUUUCGAGUAGUUUUGUUCUGUAAAAUAUAUAUAUUGGCGUUAAAAUUUGCUUGCUACAUAAAA